AUGGCCAACUCGGACUUCUUGAAUAAAGCGAUCGAGAUCGUGCAAAAAGCGAUCGACGAGGAUGUCAAGCAAAACUACCAGGAAGCUUACAAGCUGUACCAGAACAGCUUGGACUACUUCAUGAUGGCGAUGAAGUACGAAAAGAACGACAAACUCAAGGAACUCAUACGCAAAAAGUUCACAGAGUAUCUCGACCGUGCUGAAAAGCUCAAGGAACACCUCGCAAAGAGCUCCGAAGAGCGCGGCAGAGCUGCUGUAGGCGCAAAUGGAGCCGAGAAGGGUGUCGGCGGCAGCACAGGCGGCAAGAAGGAUGGCGAUGACGACGAUGUUGACCCAGAGACCAAAAAGCUGCGCGCAGGGCUGUCGAGCGCAGUACUUUCAGAGACUCCCAACGUGCGAUGGGACGAUGUCGCUGGUCUACACACAGCAAAGGAGGCGUUGAAGGAGGCCGUCAUUUUGCCCAUCAAGUUCCCACAGAUGUUCACAGGCAAGCGCACGCCAUGGCGCGGUAUCCUCAUGUACGGACCGCCCGGAACCGGAAAGUCCUUCCUCGCCAAAGCCGUCGCCACCGAGGCCAAGUCGACCUUCUUCAGUGUCUCGAGCUCGGACUUGGUCAGCAAAUGGAUGGGUGAGUCGGAAAGAUUGGUCAAACAGCUCUUCCAGAUGGCACGCGAGGCCAAGCCAUCCAUCAUCUUCAUCGACGAAGUCGACUCGCUUUGCGGUACCAGGGGAGAGGGAGAGUCGGAAGCAUCGAGGAGGAUCAAGACCGAGUUCCUGGUGCAGAUGAACGGUGUCGGCAACGACGAGACCGGAGUGCUGGUGCUUGGCGCCACCAACAUCCCGUGGGCGCUCGACCUGGCCAUCAAACGACGUUUCGAGAAGCGCAUCUACAUCCCGCUGCCAGAUCUCGAAGCGAGGAAGCGUAUGUUCGAGCUCAACGUCGGCGAGACACCAUGUGCGCUCGACAGCAAAGACUACCGCAAGCUGGCGUCGUUGACAGACGGAUACUCGGGCUCCGAUAUCAGCGUGCUAGUCCGAGAUGCUUUGAUGCAGCCGGUGCGCAAGGUGACGGGCGCCACCCACUUCAAGAAGGUCAUAGCUCCCGCGAAACGCAAGGACAAGCAAGAAAAGGCCAAGAAUGGCUCUGCCGACACGGGUGCAGACGGAGAUGCCGCCCAGCAGGAUGGAGACGAGGCGGCUGUCGAGGAUGAGGUGCAGGAGAUGAAGGAGUUCCUCACGCCCUGCUCGCCAGGAGACGCCGACGCCAUCGAGAUGACAUGGGACGACAUCGAGGGCGACCAGCUCCUGGAGCCCAAGCUGGUGAUGAGUGAUUUUUUGCGAGCCAUCCAGGCUGUACGCCCGACCGUCACCAAAGCCGACAUCGAGAAGCACAUCGAGUUCACCAACGAAGCUGGUGUCGAGUAA